AUGGAAAAGGAUGCUUCGGAAGCUGUAAAACAAAAGCAAAAGAGCUACCUUAAUCCUCCUCCUCCCGGCAAUCGAUCUUGUCCUUGGCUUGUGAUAUGCCAUGGACGGGAAGGACAGAGGCAAACUUUCUACGACGUUUCAGAGUACCACCACCAUACGAAAAUCAUUCCUGAUCUGCACGACAAGUGGAUCUGCCCUAUUUCGAGUCACGAAUGGUUGUUCACGGGAGAUCGAGAUUCCGGCGAUUGCUGCCUUUGGAAUCCGGCUUCUCUGGAGAAAAUCCGGCUCCCCCCUUUGGAAGACCUUGCAUGCUCUUUUUGUUUCUUGUCGUCUUCGCCAGGCGAUCCUCAAUCAUAUGUUCUGGUGGUUGAUCGGGGAGAGGACAUCAUUGGAUAUUGCAAAUCCGGCGAGGAUACAUUCAAGAGGCACAAGGUCGAACCUCACAUCAGUUGUGCCACGAUGUUCAAAGGGGAAAUUUUCUUGCUGUUGCAGUAUUGCGAAUUGGCUAUUGUCGACAUAGAGAACUCAGAGCUGCGAAUACGUAUGUUGGGGAACAAAGAUGUUAAUUGUUCAAAUCCCGAAGGCAUACCGGCGUCGCGCGAUUAUCUAGUCCCAUCCGGUGAAGACCUGUUAAUUGUGGAAGAGAUGAUAUUAUUGGCGCUCCCGAUGGGAAAAAUCUACAGGUUCAAUGUCUUCCGGAUGAAUUUUGAGGAAGGGACAUGGGAGGAACUGAAAAGCAUAGGCGACCGAGCAAUUUUUCUUUCGGCUCAUGGAGGAAUUUCUUGCUCUCCAAAAGACUCAGGAGUUAAGAAAAAUGCCAUAUAUUUUGUAGAGGAUGGCAAUGGACAUAUUCGCAUGUAUGAUUUGGAAGAUCAGAGCAUCUCAAAGGUAUCGCCUUGCUCAAACAUCAAUUACCGUUCAUCCAAUUUGUAUUGGAUCAUGCUGUAG